AUGGACAACAAUAAACGACGAUCAUCGAUAUUGAAAAGUCAAUCAUCGAAUGCCAAUACUGUUGUAACGGCAACUUUGGAAGAAUGCACGAGAAGGCGAGUGAGUUUCAGCACUGUGCGAACAGUCAAGCAAUACGAUGAAAUUCGUAACGCUAUGAUGUCACCGCAUGAUGAACCCGUCAGACUUUGCGAUACUGGCAGUUCGGACGGCUUGGGUUCGACACAUUGUGUAACCACUGGCAUGGACUCAACCGUAAAUGCUGGAUUUGACCAUACAGCUGAUUUUUUUCCAACUGCCGCAUCAACUCCAAUGCUACGAAAUGAAAUAUGUGUGCAUCCAGAAGCUGGAGAUGAUAAUAUGACCAUGAUGGGUGAAUUUACCGCAAAUCUUUUCAAUCCGCUACCACAAUCGGGUGACAAUGGUGAUGAAUUGGAUGAAGUACCGAUGGAUAUUAGUGGAGCAACAUUAACGACAACAGAUGUGAAAAGAGCGGUUGAUGCAGAGAAAGAAAAUAAAUCAGUAAAUGAUACCACGAUUGCUGAUUCUACAAAAGCAUUGUUCCGACAAGCAGAACAAUCGAAAGCGAAUUUUACGGAAGUGUCAGCUGAGAUCAAUACAAAAUAUUUGGAAGUAACAAUGGAGCCAACGGCGGCCAUAUUGGCGGCGCGCAGUGAACAAGAAGAAGAAGAAGGAGCAGUUGACGAUAACCAAACAGAAGACAUACCCCAAGCUGCGAAAGGAAGUGAAUCGUUUAAUGAAUCGAAACAGGUCGACGAGCGAAAUCUUGACGAAUCAUCUUUAUUGGGAACGAAUGUAGGCAUGAGUUUCAUGAAAGAAUCGCAUGCGGGAAUAAGUAUUAUCGAUGAAUCAGAAGAUUUCACAUUUCAUAAUCUCAGCAAUGCCGAACAAUUCCAUAAAUCGGCAAUAACGCCUCAUGGCACACCUGCAACUUCGGAUCAUAGAAAGUCUAACAUCAGCGACGCAUUGCCGAAGCAAAUAGCGGCUCUUCAUGUUUCACCAGCACCAACUCGUUUGGGAUUGUCACGUAUCGCUGGUUCACCGCUAGCUGUGGUAAAGAAGAAAACUCGUCUAGACGGUCCUGUAAAAUUGUUUGGUCAGCCUGGUAUUAACGAAUCAUCUAGAAAUAUUACUGAUCGGUCAUAUAUCGUCGAGAACGUACUUAAUCAUUCUGCUACGACUGAACAACCCAUAAAGACGCCUGCAGCGUUGCGUACAUCUGCAGCAACACCAGUGCACACUCCCGAAGAAGUAUCGAAACAGCUGAAGCAGACGCGUCGACGUUUACGUCGCAGUCUUGAUAAGCCUCAUCCACCACUGGAUACAUUGAGAGUUAGCGAUAUAGUCGUUCCUGACAAACCACUUUAUUCAAUGUCGUUCGACUUGGAUGCUGGAAGUAAUCAAGUGAGACGUGAUGAAUCAUUUCAAAGUGACGGAACCCAGAAGAUGGGAUCACAAAUGGAAAGGAGUAAAAUUGGUGAUCAAUCACAGUUGAACUCGCAUACGACUGAAGUGAUUCAUCUGAUGGAUUCAUUCCUAAAAAACUUCGAUGCACUCGAUUUCGAUAUGAAUUUGUUGAAGCUCGAUUGUUUCCCUUCAAGCGAGAAUGAUUGCGAAAUCGUCACCUUAUUGAAAAAAACGAUAUUGACUGCAUUGAAAUCACUUGUGGCGAGAGAUGCUCAGUUAUGUCUCGACACUUAUUUGGAUUAUCUCGACGAAGCGAACACGUCUAGUCGUGGCAGAACUCUUUCACCAUCAGAUUUGAUCAAUCUUUGUCAUCGAUCGCUGUCACGCAAGGAAUCUCGUAUGCUUGAAAAGGCUCGUUCGGAUGCGCAAGUGUCAGUUUUCCUGUUUCGCGUUGCAGUUUUCAGUGAAGCCAAACGAAAAUCCGAGGAACGGUUGGCGAAAAUCUUGGUAUUCUGUAACGAGAAGCGAGCAAAGCAGAAGAAAAUUCAAGAAUACGAAGAAAUGAAGAAUGACGACGAAAUGAUCAACAAGAAAUUGUUGGAUUUCGAGCAGCUGAAGUCGAUCGUCGCUGAGAUGGGUGAAGGAAAAGACUUGUUUACGUUGAGAUCAGAAUUACGAUCGAUCAGAAGAGCUAAAGCGCAAAAACAUUUGGAAAACAUCCCUCUUGGCACUGAGAAAUGCGAACUACAAUUUGAGGUUUGGUCUAAACAAUACAAAAAAUCGAAGGAGUUAACGCGAAUGUUCCUUGAAAACGAGCGAAAGAUGCAAGUGAAGAGGGACGAAAGGGAUAGGCGUAUCAGAGGAUUACUCAGCGAAGAGAAGAACGACCAGGAUUAA